AUGACACAGCAUCGCUGGUGGCCAUGGAACCUGAUAUGCGCCCUCCUGCUUGCUCUGCAGGCUCAUAGCACUCCCACGGUGAAUGUGGGCAUGAUUGCAGCUUUCCCUGCUGGCCCAUAUCUCCUCGAGCUCUUAGAGACCGCAGCAGCAGAAAACUCGUCGUCGUACUUCCCACUGCUAGACCGAAUUGCGGCCGGACACUUUGCCUCAGCCUCUACCGAUGCUGCGUUGUACGCCCAGGUUCUCGAUGCCUUGCAAGAAGACGGCAGCCUGUCUAGCCCCGAGGCGCUGUCGACAUUCAAGCUUGCUUUAUCUUUGCGGUCCGCUGCCCCUCGGAUAGAGGCUCAUUAUCAAUACUACGCCACUGCCGUUGCAUCGGCAGUGGAUGAUGCCGCUGAGCCAGGGUGUACCAACUGGGUACUGCUGGAGGGAAAGCAAUACUGCACUCCGGAACUGGACAAAGUCCAUAGGGAGGGACUGUCUUCUCUUAGACAAGCAAAGGAUCUUCCAUUCGAUCGAACGCUCGGAUUGGGCAAAGAGGCCAUCCUCUAUGCUGACCCAACUUCAAGCUCCUUUGGAGACUUCCAUGAAGCCCUAUCCAAAGCCGCGAGGCAGGGCUCCUUGACCUACCGCCUGAGGUAUCGCCGAAGUGAAACUACACAUGCUUCAAACCUACCCAUUAGCGGCUAUGGCGUCGAGUUGGCACUGAAGAGAACCGAUUACAUUGUUCUCGAUGAUCGAUCGCACGAUGAAGAGGCUCACGCUGACACCCUCGCUUCUGCCACCAGUCUUGAUGACGAUGAGGAUGUUGCUGAUAUCAAACCAUUGGCAUCGUCAGAUCUCUCGUCACUUGGACUGAAAGCGGCAUCGUUCAUACUCCAAAGCGAUAGGCCACUGGAUACAUUGAUAAAGUUGACCCAGGAUCUGCCCAGAUUCCUAACAUCAGUUGUUGCUCAUAACAUCUCGUCGCAGAUUGAAGAAGAAUUGCAAAGUAACGGCGCACUCGGAGUGCCGGAGGGCAUGAACGUCCUCUUAGUGAACGGUGUUCAGCUCAUUGAACGUCAGAUCGAGCCAUUUGCCCUCAUCGAAAGGCUACGCCAAGAGCGUAAACUCAUUGACGGCUUCCGCGCCCUCGGCCUUAGUGGGAAGCAAGCAGUCUCGAUUCUUGGCCAUCAAAGUGUGUCUCUCGCCAAGGACUCCGAUGAGCCGCUGCGAUAUGACUGGACCGAUCGUCUCGAGGACGGUCGAGUCUUGAUCUGGUUAAAUGAUCUCGAGAACGACGAUGCAUACGAACACUACCCAAAUAGCAUUGCCUCGCUGUUGCAACGAGCAUAUCCUGGACAACUACCUCCAAUUGCGAAAAACAUCUUCACUCUUGUUGCACCUGUGGAUUUUACGAGCGCAGAGGAUGUCUCAUUCGUUGCGCAGUUGUUGUCUUUCGUUUCUCGAGGUAUCUCUGUCAGAUUUGGUCUGGUUCCCCUGACUUCCACACCGGAGGCCGCCGCCAAAGCCAAGAUAGCCUAUCACAUCUUGGAGAAUUAUGGCAUCCGCGGGCUCGUUAGCUACCUAGGCCGGCUUCAACAGGCUGCUUCAACGUUGAGUAACGAGGAACUCUUCGCAGAAAUCACGGCAGACCAUGAGCUCCUUGAAGACUCGGAAAAGAUGACGCUUGGGGAAGUUCUUGAAGCAGACACAUACCAGCAACAACUCAAGCUUGCUCAGCAAUGGGCUAGUCGAUUGAAGGUUGACACGCCCAUCCGGCCAACCUUUUUCAACGGCCUGUCAAUUCCUCGUGACGAGAGCUGGAUGCAAAGAUUGGGGAUGCAAAUCGGCGAAGAUCUUCAAACGGUUCAGAAAGGCGUGUUUCAUGGCCUCCUCACUGACGACGACUGGGCUCCGGGGCUAUUCCUGAGCAGAGCAAUCACCAGAAGAAACAGCUAUAUAACGCCAGACGACGAGAAAAAAAGCCUCAGGGUGCUCAAUAUUGACAAGGUCUAUAAGGAGCACGCCAACCUUUUCGAGGCCGUCCCUGUUCUCGAAGCUGCUGCCGAAUCGCAAAGGGAAGAUUGGGCAGUUGUGACUGUCAUCGCUGAUCUCACAACGACGAGCGGCAAAGAGCUGCUCCUAUCCGCCCUGGAGUUCAAGCGCCGUAAUCCCAGCAUCAGGAUGGACAUUGUUCAUAACCCCUUAGCUGCUACUGGUGCCGCUUCAGCGAAUGCUGCUCUGCAGGCCAGCCAAGGAUUACUGGGCGAUAUCCAAAACAUUGACGAACUGACAAACCUUUUGCAAACGCAUUCCGAAGACUCUAUCAACGACGGGUAUUUUGAGGCUCUUGAGCAGUUCCUCGGUGCCUCCAAGAUACCUUCGGGAGCCCGGAUGAUUAUUCUCAAUGGCCGAGUGAUUGGACCCAUCUCUGAAGACUCCCAGUUCGAUGCCGACGACUUUCAACAAUUCCUGGAAGUCGAGCGAAUGAGGCGUAUACUUCCCGUCUAUGGAGCGAUCGAGGAACUUGGCCUGAGCGACAAGCUGGCGACUCCAUUAGACGCCGCUAGGUUGACGUCCAUCACUGCCCUCUCUACGAUUUCCGAGUUGCCUGAGGGCAUUUUUGAAUCAACGUCAUCGGUUCGAACCACUCUCUAUGACAAGUGGCAAUCAACUCACACAGCCAUUGAACGAGGCGAUGAAGAAACCGCAAGCAUAUUCAUCGUAGGCCUCUUGAACCCCGUCAGUGAACAGGGCCAGAGGUGGGCUCCCAUCUUGAAGGUCCUCUCUGAGCUGGAAGGUGUCCACUUGAAGCUCUUCAUCAACCCCAUGAGCAAGGUUGAUGAGCUCCCAGUCAAGCGCUUUUUCCGUUACGUGUUGGAGUCGCAGCCGUCAUUCGACGAAGAGGGAGGCGUCCGGGGUCUAGUGGCUACCUUCAAGAACCUGCCAUCUGAAGCCUUGCUGACAGCUGCGGUCGAUGUGCCCCCCGCAUGGCUCGUUGCGCCUCUGAUCUCGGUCCACGAUCUUGACAACAUAAAAUUGAGUGCGGUGAAGACAGCCGUUCAUGCAACAUAUGUCUUGAAGCAUAUCCUCAUUGAAGGACACUCGAGGGAGGGUAAGGGGUCGGCGCCACGAGGUGCCCAAUUGGUUCUCGCCACAGAGAAGGACCCUCUCCUUACAGACACCAUCGUCAUGUCGAAUCUUGGAUUUUUCCAAUUCAAGGCGAAUCCUGGAGUCUACUCCAUUCGCCUCAAGGAAGGCCGCAACACUGAGGUAUAUGAGAUCGAGAGCAUCGGUGCCCAGGGAUGGAACCCGGUUGCUGGCGAUAACGGUACUGAUCUCGCGUUGAUCGACUUCCAAGGCGUAACACUGUACCCACGUCUCAAAAGAAGAGCCGGCAUGGAGAUGGAGGAUGUUCUUCAGGAAAAGGGGCCUUCGAACAACAUUGUUGCUAAGGGACUCAAACUGGCAGAAGGCCUCUUUGGCGGAAAAUCAAACAAGAAGUCGGUGUCUGCACAGGAACACGCAGAGAUCAACAUCUUCUCCGUCGCCAGCGGUCACCUCUAUGAGCGCAUGCUGAACAUCAUGAUCGUCUCGGUGAUGCGUCACACAAAGCACACCGUCAAAUUCUGGUUCAUCGAACAGUUCCUCUCCCCAUCCUUCAAGGAGUUUAUACCACGCAUGGCCCAGGAGUACGGGUUCAAGUACGAGAUGGUGUCGUACAAGUGGCCCCACUGGCUGCGGCAACAGAAGGAGAAGCAGCGAGAGAUCUGGGGCUACAAGAUCCUGUUCCUGGACGUCUUGUUCCCCCUGUCCUUGGACAAGGUCAUCUUCGUGGAUGCCGAUCAGGUUGUGCGCACCGACAUGAUCGAGCUGAUGAACCUCGAUCUCGAAGGCGCCCCCUAUGGCUUCACUCCCAUGUGCGACUCUCGCACCGAGAUGGAAGGAUUCCGCUUCUGGAAACAGGGCUACUGGGCAAACUACCUCCGAGGCCGCCCGUACCACAUCUCCGCCCUCUACGUCGUCGACUUGAGGCGCUUCCGGGAGCUCGCUGCCGGCGACCGCCUCCGCCAGCAGUACCACUCCCUCUCCGCCGACCCCAACAGCCUGGCCAACCUGGAUCAGGACCUGCCGAACCACAUGCAGUUCCACAUCCCCAUCCACAGCUUGCCCCAGGAGUGGCUCUGGUGCGAGACGUGGUGCAGCGACGAGAGCCUCAGCCAGGCCCGAACCAUUGACCUGUGCAACAACCCGCUGACCAAAGAGCCCAAGCUCGACCGGGCGAGGAGGCAGAUUCCCGAAUGGACUGCCUAUGACGAAGAGAUCGCAGCCCUGAGACAGCUCUUUAAGCAAGAGACGGGAAUUGCCGGCAAAGAGAAGCUUGCGGACAAUGGGGACUCGAGAGCAGCUGAGUCGGGAGCCAAGAACACAAAGAGCCGAAACCUUGAGGGUGACAGACCGCACACAAAAGACGAGCUGUAG